CAGCGCCCUCUUGCAGCUCUACCACCUGCACUACCUGUGUCCGUACCUCCAGAUCGAGCUACCAGCUCCCUCGCGCCGCCGCUCGUCUUCUCGCACACCCGGCCCGCCUCGGUGCAUCGCCUCGUUCCAACUCCACACUCGCCUCGCACAACCACAGCAACCAUGGCCACGGCAGAGACCUACGUCCCCUGGGCCAAGAAGGACUCCUACGCCGACCUCGCACCGGUCCCGCAAGAUGACGCGCCCAACUGCCUCGUCCCCAUCGCCUACGACGAGAUGUACCGCGACUGCAUGGACACGUUCCGUGCGCUCGUCAAGAAGGGCGAGAAGUCGGAGCGCACGCUCGAGGUCACUCAGUGGAUCAUCCGUCUUAACCCUGGCCACUACUCGGUCUGGAAGUACCGCGCCGACACGCUCCUCGCGCUCCAGUCGAGCAUGACCGACGAGCUCGACCUCCUCGACCAGCUCGUCAAGUACCACCUCAAGUCGUACCAGGUCUGGCAGCACCGCCGCACGAUCGUCCUCGCGCUCGACGACCCCUCGCGCGAGCUCGAGUUCACCGCCAAGGCGCUCUCGAUCGACGAGAAGAACUACCACACGUGGGCCUACCGCCAGUGGGUCCUGUGCCAUUUCUGGGCCGACCGCUCGGUCGCGCCGGACGUCCUCUCGGCGCAGAGCGACGAGCGGCGACAGGAGGUCGAGCGCGUUUGGACCGGCGAGCUCGAGUACGUCGAGGGGCUGCUCGACAGCGACGUGCGCAACAACUCGGCGUGGAACCACCGGUUCUUUGUCGCGUUCGAGAGCGGCAAUGGCGGCGACGAGGCGGGCGAGAGGGAGAUCCGGUACGUCAAGGAGAAGCUUGCCUUGUCGCCCAACAACCCGUCAGCGUGGAACUACCUUCGAGGUAUCCUCGCCCGUCUCUCGCUCCCCCUCUCGUCCCUCUCGCCCUUCGUCACCCCGCUCGCGCUCAACACGCCCUCGUCGAUGCCGCCCACCGAGCCGCCCGUGUCGGACAAGGCCGAGCUGCCCGCCUUCCUCGCCAUCGAGUUCCUCGCCGACGCGGCGGCGCAGGACGCUCAGGAGGAGAGCCGGGCGCGGGACGAGCGCGAGACCAAGGCGCGCGAGGCGGCAGAGCUGUUCCGCUCGCUCGUCGAGUACGACCCGAUCCGGCGCGAGUACUGGCGCUUCUCGGCUGCGCAGGCCGAGCGGAGCGUGCGUCCUGUGGUCGCCUGAGGAGCCGAUUCUGCCUCGCCUUGUAGCUCUAUGGUUGUACUGUAACGAGCAGUCUGCGUCGCACUU